CCUGAUGCCAUCACGGACAGAGCUUUUCUUGAUCUAGAACUAGGAAAUCAUUAAAAUACGUUUUUGCCUUUUCACUCUCUCCGUUGGUUAAAAUUUUUCAAACUUGCACAAUCUUUUGAGUAAUUCGUGUUGUAGAAACUAAUACUUUUGAAGCUGACACCUGGCAUACUUUAGUUCAGCACUGUUGCUUUGAGACUUAUUCCCGGCGUGUGCAAAGAUAACAUAAUAACAAAUAUCGCAUAUAGGGACUUUUACCCAUAGUAAAGUUUUUGUAACCAAAAAUAUCUUUAAACUUUUUUAAUAUGUCUGUAGUUGUUUUUGCUUGGUUUGUAACUACGUUUUUGGUGGUUUGGUAGAUUAACUGUAUUAUUACACUGUUAAUGCUUUUACUUGUGAUUGACUUGUAGUUUUUAAGAUAGCUAUAAAAAAUGAACUCUGGCUUUUCCGUCAUGAUGUAUUAUUAUUCAUCUUUGUGGUAACAAGAGUGAUGAAAAUGUAGGCUUUGGGCAGGUUUAGGCUUGUUAAAUUACAGUUUCUAGCUUUAUCCAGUUUCUUUCUUGUGUGCUAAUCUCAAUGGUCUGGUUCACAGAUUCCUCAUUUUCUUGCCCUGCUCAUUUGGACGGUCCUGUGUUGCGGAGGGUUUGCGUGAGGGCUGGUCACAUACAGACCCGGUGAUAAAACAGGGCUGUACAGCUCUUCUCUCGAGUGCAUCCGUAGCUUAGAAAGCUUAAGUGGGAAACAGGUCUGUGCAUAAGGUCUCUUGCAAAGUUUGUAGGUUGCUUAAUUUAACUGUUGAAUGGGCUCUGAGAGGUGUAAUUAAAGAAACCAGAGCUCACCCAGCUCGUCAGACUGCCUAGGGAACUGGUCUAACGCAGUGGUUUUCAGCAGUGUUAUCUGUGGGUUACUGGGAAUCCCUGGAUCAGGACAUAUAGGUUCAGAAAUGAGCCGUCAGACUGCUACAGCACUACCUACAGGUACUUCAAAGUGUACGCCAUCACAGCGGGUGCCUGCCCUGACGGGCACUACAGCUUCCAAUAAUGACUUGGCUAGUCUCUUUGAGUGUCCUGUGUGUUUUGACUAUGUGCUGCCACCAAUUCUUCAGUGUCAGAGUGGGCACCUUGUUUGUAGCAACUGUCGCCCCAAACUUACAUGCUGCCCAACUUGCCGAGGCCCGCUGGGCUCCAUUCGUAACCUGGCUAUGGAGAAAGUUGCCAAUUCUGUACUAUUCCCAUGUAAAUAUGCCUCUUCCGGAUGCGAGAUAACUUUGCCACACACAGAGAAGGCAGACCAUGAGGAGCUGUGUGAGUUUAGGCCUUAUUCCUGUCCAUGUCCUGGUGCUUCAUGUAAAUGGCAAGGUUCUCUGGAUGCUGUAAUGCCACACCUGAUGCAUCAACAUAAGUCCAUUACAACACUUCAGGGCGAAGAUAUAGUGUUCCUUGCUACAGACAUUAAUCUUCCUGGUGCUGUUGACUGGGUUAUGAUGCAGUCUUGUUUUGGCUUUCAUUUCAUGCUAGUAUUGGAGAAACAGGAGAAAUAUGAUGGUCACCAGCAGUUCUUUGCAAUUGUACAGCUGAUAGGAACACGCAAGCAAGCAGAAAACUUUGCUUAUCGACUUGAGUUAAAUGGUCAUAGGCGGCGAUUGACUUGGGAAGCAACUCCUCGAUCUAUUCAUGAGGGAAUUGCAACAGCCAUUAUGAAUAGUGACUGUCUAGUCUUUGACACCAGCAUUGCACAGCUCUUUGCAGAAAAUGGCAAUUUAGGCAUCAAUGUAACUAUAUCCAUGUGUUGAAAUGGCAAUCAAACCUCUUCAGGCCAGUGUUUAAAACCGUUGCAUUUAAUUUAGCAGAACCUAGGGUAACCAUCUUUGACUGUCAGACAAAUUAUUUGGUAGAUGGAGGGUAGACAUAUAUGAAGGUAAAUAAAAGGAAAGGCUGUUAAAUUACAGGAAGCAGUUGCAUGUAGUAACACUAAUAUAUUUAAAAUAAGUCAACAGUAAACCACUGAAAAUAUAUAUACACCCAAAAUGGGCAUCUUUUGUAUUAAGAAUUGAUUCUACAGGAAAUGUUGUAAAAUAAUUCUAAAAACAUGUUUGUAGAUUGAUUGUACUGUUGAAAAGGAUACUGUUUCGUGUUUUUGUUUGUGUUUUUUUCCUCUCCCCUUUGACUGACAAGCCAUGUUGAGCAGUCUGGUCUCCGGCCGCUGCUUCCCCUCCUCCCCCCCACCCCCCCUUUGUAAGUCACUACAUAGUAUUGCUGCUGUUUGUGUAUAUUUUUUGUGUAUUUGCUAAUUUUUAUUAACUUCUAGUUUUUCAUUAAAUAAAUAUGACUUUCUUUUCUGUAAUUCAGGUUUUUCUCUUUUUUGUAUCUUUUUAAAAUUAAUUACAGGUGUCAUCUUUUGAUAUGCCUAAUUGCUAUGGUACAAGUUACAUUUCUGUAUGUUUGGUAAAUUUUGUCUCUUUCCAGUAGUCAAUUCAUUGGUGAUACUGUUCUUAAUUGAGCUAUUUUGUGAAUGUACUGAACUCGCAAGGAGUACUUAUGGUCAAAGAUGUAUCAGGAAAGAAAGCUCCUUUAAAAACAGGUCUAGAUGUUGUUGUACUUUGAGUUAUCUUCUACCGAAAAAGAACAAUUCUUAAGAAUUUUCUGAAUUAAAAAAAAUUCACGUUUCAAAUUUAGACAUGCUUAGAAACUUGAUUGCAUCCUUGUAUUUGUUGGUUUUGCAGUGCAAAGAAGGUAUUGUCUUACACAGUAUUUGUAAUUAUAAAACCAGACCAUUUGUUGGGUUUUGGGUUUGGUUUGUUGUUUUUUUUUUUUUUAAAGGCAGCCAGAAUGAGAUGUUUUAACUCCUUUUAUAUUUGUCAUUAAAAGAAUACCUGGCAAAUCCAAAAAAAAAAAAAAAAAAAAACCCCGAAACCAAAACCACACAACUUUAGCUCAAAGUUUGACACAUUGAUAUUCUUGCUCAGUUUCUUGUCUUCCCGUCUUUGGGUUGUUACUGUCUUGAACUGAUUUUUGUAUAUCAUUUUAGUGACAUGAUCCACAUUACAAUGCAAAUAAUCUCUCGCAGGUGUGAUUCACCAGCCCUAAGGGAUUUUGAAGGAUAUCGGGCUUUGUGCAGACUGCCUGUAUGUGAAAAUUUUCACCAUGAAUGUAUAUGGUAUUUGUGUUGCAAAACAUAGAUGCAGAGACACAAUAGAGUAAGGUGAAAAGCUGUUUCACCUCAAGCUGUUUGAAAGGAAUCUUUGUCAAACGUAGCGGUAGUGGGCAUCUGUUUGGGGAGGUAGGCUGGCUAUGAACUGCUUUUGUAACACAUUAAAAUAGUUUAUUUACUGUGCACUGUCUUUCUUAUCUGAAGUUGAUCUCUAAAGACAACUCUUGUUAUUAUUUUGAUGCAUGAUGAGGUAAGUAGUUCUACAGGUAAGGAACAUAAGAUCCAUCAGGUUUGAUUAAUAAAAUAUUACGGAAAUAGUUGGCUUCGUGUAGUGAAAGUUUCAAUUCUUAAAAUUUGGUAUUUCGGCUGUUUGAACUGUGCACAGAUCUCAUUUAAAAGAUGUACCGGUACCUUGUGACGGUAGAUAAAUGCUUCAAAAAAAUCCUGCAAUCUAGCAUUUUUUUUCCUUAUGAACGUACAACUAAUUGUUUGCAGUCUUUUAAAUUCAGCAAUUAUUUGCACCUAAUUAAGCUUGUCUGCAUUUACCUCUGGCUUAUCUUCUGGUCUUUGACAGAAACUUGGCUAAAUAUUUCAGAUAUUUUUAGAGUAAUACACUGACUCACAGUCUCACUUGCUCACUCGUGCUUGGCUGGCUUGGCCUGCUGUUAUCUGAUUUUCAGCUCUGCAGUUCGGUUAAGAGAAUCUAGUUAGGAGCCUGUGAGAACCCUCCGCAGUCUGGUGCUUGGGAUGAGAGAGGAGCAGUGCUGCGUAAGCACGCAAACUGUGUAGGACUGUUUGCUGCUGCCUGUACUUGGAAUGGUGCAACUUGCGUAGCGUCCCCGAAAGAACUGUGAAUCUUAAAACCUUGUUGCACUGAUCCACGGUCAUUUCGUUCAGGCUAGAGUGGGCUGAAGAUCAAGACUACUGGUGAAGGGGACUUCAAAACUUGCAUUCGUAAUGAGCUUUAGAAGCUAACUGGUAUGGUCAGACAGUUCUUGUCAUGUUUUACAGCUGACAAAUGCUAUAGCAUAACUAAUGUAUGCUGACUUACUGCAAUGUAAACUAAGUAAUUGUAAACAAAAACUCCAUUUGGUGUUUAAAAAAACCCCACAGUGUAAAACAUUUGAUGUCCAUCAUCAGACGGAAUGAUUAAACAAAUUAUACUUAGGUCCAGAUCCUCAAAAGUAUUAGAAGCCUGAUUCAGUGGAUCUCCUCGAAAGAGUUUGAGGAUCUGGUAAGUCAACUAUGCUCUGUUAUAUAUAAGAAAACAUACUAGAAAUCUGUACAGUUUACUACCGUAUCUAAAAUAAAUGGUGUAUUAAAGCCUGG